AUGUCUACCGCGACCACCACCAAAACUCGGUCACCCGUAACGUUUGCCGCAGUAACGCCCAAUAAUCUUGGGACCGUUCGCAAGCUCAACUCUGUGAUCUUUCCUGUGCGCUAUAGCGAUCAGUUCUACUCGGAAGUUCUGCAGCCGGAGGUCGAGGACUUCUGUCAGCUAGUAUACUACAAUGACAUCCCAAUUGGAUCAAUAUGUUGUAAAUUGGAGACGCAGGACGGGAAGGACCAGCUGUAUCUGCAGACAAUGGGCGUCCUGGCGCCCUACCGAAACCUAGGAGUCGGCGCUCAGGCUUUGCAGCAUGUAAUAGACGCCGCGGCCGCACGCCAGAACAUCCAAGGGGUAUACGCGCAUGUACAUGUCACGAACGAGGAUGCGAAACGCUUCUACGAAAAGCACGAUUUCAAAGAAGUCGGUGUGGACGAGACGUAUUAUAAGAAAAUCAAGCCCCCGGUGGCUUGUAUCUUGGAGCGGAGGCUUCAUUGA